AAAAAAAAAAAAAGAUAUACCAACAAAAGCCAAGAGUCUUAUUUAUGAUUCCAUUCUAUCUAUAUGAAGAGAGAGAAGGAGAUGAGAGCUUCCACAUUUGAGUUAAAAGAAGAAUUCGGAGUUGGAGAUGAUGGGAGGCGAGAGGCGGCGGCGAUCUUCGGAGAUAUAGAUAAGUAUAAAUAGAGGACAGGCAGAGCAGAGAGAAAGAGAGGCGGGGAGAUGAAGGGUAACGCUGCCGCGAGUUCGCCCCCGGCGAAGCGGCGAUGGAAGGGGCUCGCCGUGGCCGUCCUCGCCCUCGUAUGCUUCUCGCUCCUCGUCCCCCUUGCCUUCCUCCUCGGCCUCCAAAACCGCUUCCCCUCCGGAAACUUGAGUGAUGAGCGCUCGUCUUCGGAGUCUGGCUUUGGGAAUUACGCCCGUGUGAAUUCUGGUGGGGAGCAGAAUGAAUCCGAGGGGGAUGAGUUGAGGGUUAAUGAUCUCAUGCAUAGAUUUAAACCAACAAUCCCAGAGGAUGUUACUGUAAACUUCAUGAACAAGCCUACGACUGAAUCUGUUGCUGGUGCGCAGUCCACUUCACGGCCAAAGGGUGUUAUCUCCUACUCUAAACCAAAGAAUAUUACCUCUAGAGGUCCGUCGACAGAGCAAGUAGUUGCACCAAAAGCACCAUCAUCUCUGACUACAAGAAAUGAUGGAAGAGAUGGAAAGAAGAAUCAUUCCAAUGAUUCAGCUGGUGAUGAGACAGAGAAAUCCUGCCAGCAUGAAUUUGGAAGCUACUGCAUUUGGUCCAUGGAACACAAAGAAGUGAUGAAAGAUGCUCUAGUGAAAAGACUCAAAGAUCAGUUAUUUGUGGCUAGAGCUUACUACCCAAGCAUUGCGAAGCUUCAGAGACAGGAGAAGCUGUCACUUGAACUGAAGCAGAAUAUUCAAGAACACGAGCGCAUGCUUAGUGAAGCCAUUUCAGAUGCUGAUCUUCCACCAUUUGUUGGAAAGAAGAUACAAAAUAUGGAUCACACAAUUGCUAAAGCCAGAUCAUGUACCAUAGACUGCAAUAAUGUGGACAAGAAACUUAGACAGAUACUUGAUCUGACUGAGGAUGAAGCCUAUUUCCAUAUGAAGCAGAGUGCAUUCCUAUAUCAUCUUGUUGUUCAGACCAUGCCCAAAAGUUUUAAUUGCUUGUCAAUGAGAUUGACAGUAGAAUAUUUCAAGAAUUCAUUGGAGGAUAUAGAGCAGUUACAUGCUUACAAGCUCAACAACCCAAUCUUUCAGCACUAUGUACUCAUCUCGAGAAACAUACUUGCAGCAUCUGUUACUAUCAAUUCUACUGUGAUGAAUGCUGAGGAAACUGGACAUAUGGUUUUCCAUUUGGUCACUGAUGGGCAAAACUUUUAUGCCAUGAAACACUGGUUUGCGAGAAAUUCUUACAAGGAGGCAACUGUUCAUGUCUUGAAUUUUGAUGAUCUUAACCUGUUCGACUCUUACAAUUUGGGCCUGCGACAGCUAGCACCAUCUGAGGAAUUCCGUGUUUCCAUCAGUGACAUUGCUCAAUCAUCAACUCUGCAGAUGAGAACUGAAUAUCUAUCUGUUUUUGGCCACUCCCACUAUCUUCUACCUGAAAUAUUCAAAAAUCUAAAAAAGGUAGUGGUUUUGGAUGAUGAUGUUGUGGUUCAACAGGACUUGUCAUCCUUAUGGAACCUUGACUUGGAAGGGAAAGUGAAUGGUGCUGUCCGGUUCUGUGGAGUUAGAUUGGGUCAGUUGAAAACUUAUAUGGGAGGAUAUAACUAUAAUGGUGAUUCUUGUGCCUGGAUGUCCGGAAUGAACAUUGUAGAUUUGGAAAGUUGGAGGGAGCACAACAUUACUGGAAAUUACCUAGGCCUGCUACAAAAGUUUCAAAACGGGACUGAGGAAUCAUGGAGAGCUUCAGCACUGCCCAUAAGCUUACUCUUAUUUCAAGAUCUGAUCUACGCUCUAGAUGAUACCUGGGUUCAGUCAAGGCUGGGCCAUGAUUAUGGAGUUAGUGCAGAUGCCUUACAGAAUGCUGCAGCAUUGCAUUACAAUGGCAACAUGAAACCAUGGCUAGAGCUUGGUAUACCAAAAUACAAGAGCUAUUGGAAGAAAUUUCUCACCCAAGAUGAGCGGUUUAUGGAUGAGUGCAACGUAAAUCCAUAGCAGCACUUGUAUGAGGUGUAGGGCUUCUGAAUAUGGAAAUUCGAGACAAGGGGAUGAAUGGAAACUUAUUUGCUUCAGAGCUGAUGUGUUCCCCCUAUUAGGUUUGAAGCAGAUUCCUCUACAGGAAGAGCAGAUUUUCAGGUACUGAGAUGGUUUGAGAUGUCAAAGCAAUAAAUGGGUGAAGCAGCAUUAUGGGUUGAUCAUGUCUGAUAAGAGCCAAAGGCCCUUCAGCAUAAAGAUUUCGGAUGUUACUUUUGUGACUCUUAACGGCAGCAGGAGAGAUGUAAAACAAACGGGCUAGGAUAGUUGAAUAUGUAAAAUGGUGUUGCAGGUAAGUUCGGUUACUAGUUGAUUGCGUCAUUCAUUUGUGAUAUAGUUGGACAAUUAUUGACAAGGCACAUCAAAUUGGAUUGCUGCCAUCGUACCUAGGAUGUAGAUUGAUUUUUUUCCCUCUAUUUUUUUGACCCUUGUUGUUCAGUUUUCUUUCACAAUAAGGGUAUAGCUGGGAUCUCUUUAUUGAUGAUUCUUUAUUGUCAAGUACUGCAUAUGCAAUGCAAUAUGUUUUUCACAA